GAUUUCAGGGAUUUGUUCUCACGUUGCUUAAUUAUUCUUAAGUACAUGCAUGAUUCCACGCAAACAGUCUUAACUAUUGUAGGCCACAGUUAAACAUGUAGAUACGAUGAAUAUCUUAAUGAUAACAAUUACUUCUAUGAGUACUGAUAUGUAUAAGAGAAACUUGAAUAAUUGAUGAUAAACCUAUCCAAGUGAACACGAAUCAAAGCUUUAUAUGUGAAUGCAAUGAAAUAUGAAUUAAUAAUAUUUGGUUUUACUGAUUCUGUUAAUUAUCGAUUCGGGAAUUAAAGAUGAAGUAUGAACGGACAUGAAACAUAUAGAAAGGACAUAAUUUAUAACAAUAAGACUGAUUUCUGAAAUGGCUUCAAUUAUCUUAAAAAACGGAGUUAAACAUUCUUUGACGCAUUUAUGAUAUUUAAUUCAACACAUUUUUUUUCGCUAAAACGGCGUAGGAUUCGAAGCACAUUAAAGCUGCCAUCCAUUACGAUUCUUUUUUGAACAUUUAAUUCCAACAAACUCGAUCAUUAUAAAUCCAAAUUAAUCACUUCUUAAAAUUGUUUUUAUUUGUCUCUCAUGACCCCUUUCUUAAAUUUGCUAAGAAUUGGACGUGGAAAAUGGGUGGCAGUUGGUGGAGUAUUGGAACAGGCGGCUUUUGGUAAAACUGAUAACAAACUAAGGAAAAUGGGACUUUGAUCUCAUUUCCACCCCCCAAUUUUCCUCAAAUACCAGUGUGGCAAAUGGUUGGGUACUGGAACGUUUUUCACUAAAUAUUAAGUGGCAGUUUGUGACAUUUGUUCAUCAUAAUGCCUCGCCAAUGUGACAGUUCGUGGAAUAUUGGAACGUUUUCCACCAAUUGUCAUUCAAAUGUCACGAUCAGAUUUUUUGAUCUUUUUUAUCAAAUGCCACGCUAUCAUGGUUCUUGGUGAACAUAACGUGGAAGUUGAUGAAAAUGAAAAUGUUUCUUUCCACCAUUUUCCACUCAAAUGCAACAAUCUUUGAUCUGAUAUUCACCACAUGCCACGUUGGGAGUAUAAAGUAUGAAAGUAUGUACUUCGUCAAUCAAUCUUGAAAACGAUGUCGGUAAGAUCAGUUUGUUACAACCAACGUUUGCAGGAAGAAACGCUACGUUCACUUUCACUCCAUCGACAGCAACUGCACUAGGCGAUAUCAAAUGGAAGUAUAUGAAUGGUUCAGAUGUACACACAAUUGAACGGGAUUACAAACAAUUCAUUGUGUAUAGUGAUGGAAACUCGUCUUUUCUUACCAUACUUGACGCGGAUCAGAGUUUAAACGGAAUCAUUUUUUACAUGUCAUUUGAUGAUGAUAAACAAUCGCCCCAAAUCGGUCUGAUUUUAAAAGAUUACACAAUUGCAAACGGCUGUGGAGAAAUGUACCUUCUGUCGGAGAAACCCGUUUUUUCCGGGGACAAUUUGAGCUUUGGAUAUUAUCCGUCUCCAGCAGUGGCGAAAUGGAACAAUGCAAGCAAGUAUUCUAUUGAACUCGUCAAUAGCAAUAAUGAUGAUCAUACGUCCAUUGUACAGACACAAGGUGUUUUAGAGCUUCACCAAGUGGGCCAUGAGUAUAUCUUCACAGUGUUCAACGUAAAGAAGAAUACACGUGGAAACUCUUAUCGGGUGCAGUGUUCCAAUGGACGCGUUCCAAAGAUCUCAAACACCAUCACUCUGUCUGUUAAAGGCAUGCCCGUCAUAGGUCCUUUGGCCAAUAUUUCUACAUGCAGAGAAUGCAUCGUUUUAAAGGCAGACCAGACACUUGCUGAAGUGUAUUGCACUACGGACGGAGAAUACGACGAUGCUAAUGUGACGUUUAAAAUCGGACUUAUUGCGUUCUCCUCAGCCAGUCGGUCGCUGACAGAGUUUGGGUUACAGUCAAGGGAAAAGCCGUCCGAUGAUAUGCAUCGUCUGAAUACAGUUUGUACAGUUUCUGGAAUAUACCGGAACGUGUCAGUGGAAGCUCAAAUUUAUGUAGUCGACACUCCUGAGGGCCCACCACACCUUUCGGCGAGUCAAGUGCUACUGGAAGGAGAAGCUGUUAAUAUAACUUGCACAUCAUCGAAAGCAAGACCGACACCAAAGCUGAAAUUGUUUGUUGGGAAGUCUGAAAUUCUUACAAAUGUAUCGUCUACAUUUGACAACAAAACAGGUUUAUACAAAUCUGUAUUGAAAUUGCAUACCUUUCAAAAGGAGUGGGGAAAUAAGAAAAUGUGGUGUCAACAGCUUUCUGAAAUCGAUGGCUUAUAUAAAACAUAUAUCUCGGAAAAAAUACGUGUGGAAUACAAAUAUCCACCAUUACGACUGAAUCUUGACGUUAUUGACCUGGGCAACCAAUCAAAAGAGAUAGCUGUCAGUUGUUCUGCGUUUGACUCUAAUCCGGUGUGUAAUAUAACAUGGGAAUCAAGUAUUGAAAACUUCAAGUAUUCUUUUAAUGAAUACGGCAGUACGCCGCACACAUCAAUUUCAACGAUACGUUUCAACGUUACUGAUGCCGAUUUUGGGAAACAAAUUAGGUGUAGGACCAAAUGUCCAGACUUUAAUAACACUCUUUCAAACGCAACAGAUGUCAUAUUUGCAAAAAAGCCGAGUGUGGUAAUCAAUUCAUCAUCUGUUAUACCUGUUCCGCCUGCUAGCCACUUAGCGCUCACCUGUGCUUCAAAUGCCUUUCCUUUUGGAAAUAUCACUUGGCAAUUGUUAAAAGCGUCUAAUUCACAUUCAUCUUAUGAAAAAGUGUGCUUAAAUGCAUCCACAUGCACUUAUGAAAUGACCACAUCUGACGUUGAACAGGAGUAUUUGUGCAUUGCAAAGAACGAACAUGGCACUGACAGAAGGACCAUAUCUGUAACUAUCCGGAAGAACAAACAUAAUGAAGAACUGACUGGUAAAGAUUCUGGUACUCUGGGUGUCAUAUUUGGCUACAUUUUGGCUGGUAUUGCAUUUCUUUCUCUAAUUGCUUUAGUUGUCUGGUGUUUAUGUCGACGUCAAAAACAAGCAAAGCAACAAUUAAAGAUUGACGAAAAUCAGACAGAGAUGGCCCAACUUCCUUCACCGACAGCUACAGAUACAGAUGAGGUAACACACGAAGGUGCCGAAUAUGCUGUUAUCAACAAGACACGGAGAGAUCCAGAAAACGUUGCUCCGCUUUGUAGCAAAGAUAUGCCAUCACGUGAAGCAAAGAAUGAAUGCUUAGGAAAUGCAGCAACUGUAAGUUUAGAGAACGUGAAACAACCAUCAAUCGAGAACGGUGUUAGUGCACAGGAACCAGGUCCAUCAACUCAACAAGAUGCUCGGACAGCUGCAGAAAGAGAUGAUGUAACACAUGCGCGCAUGGACGGUGCUGAAUAUGCUGUCAUCGACAAGACACACAGAGAUCCCAAACUUGUUGCUCUGCCUUCUAGAAAAGACAUCUCGUCAUGUAAAGGUGAUAAUGAACGCUUAGACAAUGCAGCGACUGAAAGCUCAGUGAACGUAGAACAGCCAUCACUCGAGAAGCGUAAACAUGCACUGGAACGAGGUCCUUCAAGACAACCUAAUGUAAGGUAGGUAUACGAGUGCUGAUAACGAAUGUUGUGGGCUUAUAUGCAAUCUAACUUUAUUUACAGAAAACAAACAGUUUCAAACUCAAAGUAUGCAAAGUUUUAUUAAAUAUGUUUGUUUAUUACGGAUUCUAUAGUUAUUUAGGAACUCAUGUCAGGGUUUCCGGAUCAUGAGGUCGACGUUGACGACGUCGAUUAUAUAAAUGUACGAUCAGCUGCUAAAAAUAAUGACUUGUAAGGGUUACUAUUACUCUACUAAAAUUAAGAAAAACACCUUGGUAUCUUGUUUACGACUUUAUUAGUACACGUUUAAAAUCACUUUAAUACGGCGCAGGAGUGAUAUAAGCCCAUGCAAUAUUUUUAUAAUAUAUGAACGGAUGCCCAAUGCCCAAUGUUGCUAUUGUUAAUAAAAUGUUUUUUAUCACAUGCUUACCCUUGUUUUCCGUGUAAUAUACCCAUCACGAAUAUUUUUAUCUUAUACAUGUGUAAGAUAACAUAUCAGACAUUUCUAUUGGCUAGACUAAUCACACGCGACCUAGAUAUCCCUCCGCAUUGUUUGUAAACAAAAUGGUUUAAACGCCAACAAAUACUAACCUCAAUAAUGAAGCGGAAGGACUUCCGGGAGACAAAUGGCUUACGAAUCAUAGUGCCAGAAAGCAUCUUGUUCGAAAACUUUCUGAUAACAAUGUUCCGCCAACCAGAUAAUGCAGAUUACUAGUCACAGAAAUAUCCAGUCAGUCAACAAAUACAGCCAUAUUAGUGACAAACAACACGAGAACAUUUCAAACAUCUCCAUCUUAACAGGCAAUAUGCGACCAAUGCCAUAAAAUUUGCUUGCCAGUUUAAUCAGCUGUCGGUUACCAAAACACAAAUACGAAUUCCGCAGCACAGGUUUCUCAUCACACGUACGUCCAAAGACGGUAAGAACAGCUUGUUCUCUGGAAACAUUCUUGAUGGAACUUUUUCAACAUCAACAUCCAUGCAGUGCAGAGUAAGGCUUCGUCGUAAUCAUCUGCAUGUUGUGAAAAUCCAUGUCCACUAAGAAAACGCUUUAAAGUCAUCGUAGAAAGCGACAGCGAAUAACUUUUAAAUCCGUGCACACAGUAAAACUUGAUAGACGAUGUAGGUCACAUAAACCGCGUAAAAGCAUGUACUCUCAGUGUGACGUCAUCAAGUUGUGUACUUAUUGUGUUUUAAUGGUUAAAAUUGUUCGUUAUUCAUGUUGUUCGAUAUUUUACUACACAUGUUUAUACUUGUGACUUGUUCAGCGCUUUAUCAGAAUUAAAACUUGAUAACUGCUAGCUGUUUUUGUCAUUUUCCUUUGGAACUAUUAAUAUGGCGCAUCGUUGACAUUCCACUCAGUGUACUUUGGCUGUCAAACAAUGGGUUUAGAAAGUGGAACGUGGAACUAAAUUGGUAAUAAAAACACCGUUUUAAGCAUGUGAUAAAAAAGAUCUGACACUCGUUGUCAUUUUAUACAAGAUUUUUAUUAAACUCGUCCAUGAAAGUUGUUAGUAAGCUCGCCAGAGGCGCGCUUACUAACAAAUUUCAUGAACUCGUUUAAUAAAAUCUUGUAUUAAAUGACAACUCGUGUCAGAUCCUAUAUUUAUUGGUGACUAUUUUAUUUUCUGUGGUGAAGUAGCCUUAUAACAUCCAAUAUAAAUCCUUUGACCUAAGCUUCGACUGUAAAUGAGUUAUGUUACUAAUAGAAUCGUAAACUUGUGUUUAUUUUGUAUCAAAUUUUGUCGUCAUUUGAAAAAGAUUAAAACUCGACAGAGCCUCGUUUUAAUCUUUUUAAAAUGAAUUCGUUUAAUAAACUUGAUAAAAAACAAAAACAAUGAUUUGAGAUCCUCUAUGUACUGAAUGUGCAUCUGUAAUAGUUAAAUAAUUAUAACUUAUAUCGGCUUAUAAUCGACUCAAUGAAUAUAUUUCAGUGGAUGUCACAGCAAAGAAGAUAUCAAUACAACAGAAAAUGUAAAAGACAUUGGUGUUUCAAAGCAGAAACAGAUCACUAAUCCUGACGCUCCAAAUGCUAAUAACCCAAAGCGUGCAACCACUGAGCUUGUGUACGCGGAUGUCGAUAUCGAGCAUUUGGAGAAAUCUCGAGCAGGAAAUCGUGCGUGCAAUAAUGACGAGCGGACAGAGUAUUCUGACAUUUCAUUUGGUACAGCUUGUGGUGAGAAACCUGACACAUCCAAUGAAAAUGUGUAUAACAAUUGAGUUUAAGUUUUACAAACAACUAGCUUUUAUUGGUGUUAAUACGCGUAUCUAUUGUUACUUUUGGUUUUCUUACAAAUGAUCAACCGAACUGUUCGAUUUUGCUUGCCCGAAUGGCACAGUUACUGGUGUUUUUUAUGUGUAUUUAUUUUUUCUCAAGUACGUUUCGUAUAAAACAUUUUAUACUUUCUGUUUGUUGUAUUAUGUUAUGCUGUCAUAUCAUAAGCAGUUAUUUUUAUAGUGUAUAAUUCCAUUCAUUCAAACAUAGUUACCUGUCAUGCUAAACGCAUAACACUUUCAUGGUGAGAACAUUUUAAGAAAUUACAUUCAGCUUCAAUUGGUUUGUAUUUUGUUUGUAAGAAUUACUUUUUAUUGACUUUCUACGUGCAUACCUGUAUAUGCAAACUAGUCAUACAUUUUUUACCACACAAACACUUUUUUGCCACUCAUCGGUUUCAUGUUUUGAAUAAUAUUAUUUUUAUGAGAAGUGUCUGAUGACUUCUGUGUUUCGUUCUGAAACAAACUUCUAUCAAAGGUUUGAAUAUCAACUGCAUCCUAAUUGUUCGGGAAUACAGAAGCUUUCGGUGGCUUAUGAAACUUCAAUGCACAAAACACACCAAUGAAAAUAGUCCACCAAAGAUGAUGUGUUUUCUUCACAUUCUGUCGGCCAAAUUGGACAACUUGAAUCCGUCAUCCUUCCGUAUAUAGCGGUACUGUUCUUUGCAGAUGAUACUAUGAUACUGGCCCAUACAGACUUUGAUGUUAAAAAAUGCUUAAGUGACUUUGAAAGUUAUCGAUCGUUGUGGAAACCUUGUUAAAUCUCGCAAAAAGCAAAGUUAUGGUUUUAGGAUAUUAUCGAAGAUAUUGACCACGAUUCAAGUUAUGCAUAACAAUAAAAGGUUAGAAAUUGCAGAUAAUUAUUAAUAUCUUCUGUAUAUUUAACCCCAUCAGGAAGCUUCAACAAAACAAAUAUACACCGUAGAGAACAAGCCAAUAAAUAUAUGCAUCUUCUGAAUAAACGAUUAAAUAACUUAGAUUGACCCAUUGAUCUUAAACUGUUUGACCAUAUAAUAGUGCGUAGUCUAACAUACUCUUAUGACGUCUGGGGCCUUGAAGGAAAUAUUGAUUGCAUUGAGAAAAGUCACCUAUCAUAUCUGCGUACAUGGGGACCUCAACUGAUAUCCCAUUAGAAUCAUAAUCUAGGCUAGAACGAUGAAUUAUUGAAAUACAUUUAUUUUAGGUAUUAUCAAUAAGAAAUCUUAUUUUGUAUAUACUGCAAACUCCCCUCCCCUUCACAAUUUAAAUUGUUACAUACAAUAAAACAUUUACUCAUAUAUGCAUAAAAGUCAGCAGGCAAUACGUAGCAUGAACAUAAACAAGAUUAUCAAACGAGCAAUUUUUGACCAAUUUAUUCAAACAUGGUCAGAGUCCAUGACAGUUAAAAUAAAGGGAAAUUACUGUGUCAACAAGGAGCAUAUACAGUUUGAGCUUUACUUUAAACUGAUCCCAUCAAAAUAAGCCAGAUCCUUUUUGCAAACUAAGAACUCUGAACUUUCUCAUUGGAACAGAACGCUGGAAUAAUACGCCUUAUUACGACAGAUAUUGUACUUUAUGUGACAAAAGAGAAUUAGGAGAUCGUUUUCACCACCUCCUUAUCUGUAGCCACUUUAAUGAUCAGUCUUUAGUACAUUAUUAGAUAUUACAUACUCAUCCAAAUACAUUAAAAUAUCAUCAAGUCACAGUGUCCCAUUUAUAAAUAUCAUUCAUAAAGUAUUAAAAGUAACCAGUGGUCCUCUUGCUUAUUUUGUUACGAUUUACUUUUAACCAAACAUUAAGGCCAAACAAUUACAAAUACUUGUUUUUUCUGUAUGUAGUGUUAUUAUUUGUUUUGUGAUCUAUUUCAUGUUUGUCGAUUAUAUUGACUGUGUGUUGUCAUACCGCUUUUAUGAAUAAAACCCCAAUUUCUUU